GGCUGGAUGGAGUGUGCUCAGCCAGGCCAGCAGCUCUCAGGCUGCCACUGGGUGGAGUGCUAGGCCUCUGGGGAGGUGUCCCCAGCUUCUCUGAUGCCCAUGGGUGGGGGUGGGGUCCUGAGGGAGAAGGCAGAGCAUCCCAGUCCUGUCAGAUUUCUGACCAGAAAUGCAAGUGGGGAGGACUGGGCUGGGCCAAGGUCGGAACCAGGGCCAGGAGGGUCCUUUCCCACUCCUCUGGCCUCCUCCCGCAGGGUGCUUCAAGGAUGACCGCAUCGUCUUUUGGACGUGGAUGUUUUCUACCUACUUCAUGGAGAAACUGGCCCCCCGACAGGAUGACAUGCUUUUCUACGUGCGACGGAAGCGGGCCUACACCGGUGGCGAGAGCAGUGUCGAUGGGAGGAAGCUGGCUGAGGCUGAGCCGGAAGUAGAGGUGGAGGUGUACCGGCGGGACUCCAAGAAGCUACCGGGCCUGGGAGAUCCCGACAUUGACUGGGAGGAGAGCGUGUGCCUGAAUCUCAUCCUGCAGAAGUUGGACUACAUGGUGACCUGUGCAGUGUGCACCCGUGCAGAUGGGGGGGACAUCCAUAUUCACAGAAAGAAAUCCCAGCAAGUAUUUGCAUCCCCCAGCAAACACCCCAUGGACAGCAAAGGGGAAGAAUCCAAGAUGAGUUACCCCAACAUCUUCUUCAUGAUCGACAGCUUUGAGGAGGUGUUCAGUGACAUGACUGUGGGGGAAGGAGAGAUGGUCUGCGUUGAGCUGGUGGCCAGUGACAAAACCAACAUGUUCCAGGGCGUCAUCUUCCAGGGUUCCAUCCGCUACGAGGCUCUGAAGAAGGUGUACGACAACCGCGUGAGUGUGGCUGCUCGCAUGGCCCAGAAGAUGUCAUUUGGCUUCUAUAAAUACAACAACAUGGAGUUCGUACGCAUGAAGGGGCCUCAGGGCAAGGGCCAUGCUGAGAUGGCGGUCAGCCGCGUGUCUACUGGGGACACAUCCCCCUGUGGAACCGAAGAGGACUCGAGCCCAGCUUCACCCAUGCACGAACGGGUGACCUCCUUCAGCACCCCUCCCACACCGGAGCGGAACAACCGGCCCGCCUUCUUCUCCCCAUCUCUCAAGAGGAAGGUGCCACGGAACCGCAUUGCGGAGAUGAAGAAGUCACACUCUGCCAAUGACAGCGAGGAGUUCUUCCGAGAGGAUGACAGUGGAGCUGACCUGCACAAUGCUACUAACCUGCGGUCCCGGUCCCUGUCAGGGACAGGGCGGUCCCUGGUCGGGUCCUGGCUGAAGCUGAACAGAGUGGAUGGAAACUUCCUUCUCUAUGCACAUUUGACCUACGUCACCUUGCCACUGCAUCGGAUCUUGACAGACAUCCUGGAAGUACGGCAGAAACCCAUCCUGAUGACCUAGUGUGUGUGGAGCCUGCACGGAGUCCCGGCCCUGCCCGGCCCUGGGAGCGCUGUCAAGUGCCUACCUGUCACCCCCACCCGGGUCUUCUGUGACAAGCCAGCGCCGGAGUUGCAGCCAGGCAGGGCCGCUCGACUCCUGGGGCCAGGGCCGACUCUGUGAACACCAGCCCAAACUGAAGUGCCUCGUCGUCCUUUGCUGGCUCUGCUCCUACCCUGUUCCCCUGCCUGGCCCCUCAGCCUUCUGGAGAGCCAUCUGCUCCAAGGAAGGCCAGAGACACCAAGAGGCCAUAGAGCGCGUGAGGGGCCACCAGCUUCCAGAAUGUGCCCCUGACCUGGGCUCCCACCCUGACCAGCAGGCAGAACCCAACUGCUGGGGCUCUGCACCAGGCCGACCAUCCACACUUCUCUUACAUAACCAGUUAAGAUUUUGUAAUGCUGUACUGAUGAAUUUCAGUGCCCAAGUCAUCCCCAACCUAAGUUCCCCCAGUUAUCACUCGUCACACUGGGUUCCCGCCAGAAGAUGGGGAUCAUGAACCCUUUGGAGGCUUUUCCUGGGCUGGGAAUACCUCGUCCCACGCCCAGCUCCAGAACGGGCCUCAACCUCAAACUGAACAGACAGGCCCUGAUCCCCCAGAAUGGCCUUCACUUCCAGCCAAAGAACACCACUAACACUCAGACCUCCAACCCCGAGACGCCCCGCCUCGGUCUCGGCUGGAGGGACCCACAGGACUGCUUCUGAGAGAAGGUGGGAGGGCAUGUCUGCUGAGGGGGUGUCUGAUGGGGACUGGGGUUGGCGUCUUCCCAGGAAGGUUCUAGGCAGAACCAUCCUUAGGCCAGAUCUCCGGAGUGAGGCAGGUGCCAUCUCCUCUGUGCUGGCCCUGUUCUCAGCCCAGCAUCCUGGGUGGAGGAGCAGACUUUACUGUUAUGAGCAGACAGUGCACUGGGUGGGUGCAGGUAGCCAUGUGCCAAUAGUCCAGGCCUCAAUCUGGCAGUGUGCUCUCGAGAAAGCUGAGGCCUCCCCUAUCCAACUGGAAUAAACUGGAAGCUGGGCCUCUUUGUUGUUAUUUGGAGUUUGGUGUCCCGAACCCUGGAUGACUGGGCUAUGUGAUAAGCAUCAGCUCUGUGGGCUGAGAGCGAGCACAGGGGUGUGCCUCCUGCCUAGCCCCAUUCCAUGGAGUCUGAGAUCGGGAACUACUUUGGGGCUUUCUCUAGAUUUUGUAUAUUGUUAUUAAAAGCGAGCUAUUGCAUUUCA